CCUGGAAAGCAGGAGUGGAGGGACUCAUUCUCGCAGCCAGUGUGCGGCCGGUGGCGGAGCGGAUCGCCGGGGGGCUUCAGCCUCGGCUGCAGCGCCAGCCCUGCCAGCCCCGCGCAACUUUCCAUCCUGGCCCAGCCGCGGCUACAGAGUACAGAGUUUCUGGCACUUUCCGGAGGACGUUUCUUGCUCCCUGCCAGGGGACUGACUGCGCUCUCUCAGGCUGACCUGUCCGAGCUCUAACACCCGGACCAUGCACGCGGCCAGGACUCCCGGGAUCGCCUCCGGCGCCGGCGGGGUGGCCAACCCCACCAGUUUUCAGCAGAUACUUACGCUGCCGCCCCUCCUCGUGUUGCUGCUGCUGCUUCUCCUGUCACCGGUAAGCUGCGUCCCGGCACAGCCCGCUGCCCCUGAGCGAGCGUUGCUGUCCCCGGAUCUCGCGGGGGCUGCAGGGGUCCCCGCCGAGGAGGCCAUAGUGCUGGCGAACCGUGGGCUCCGGGUGCCCUUCGGCCGCGAGGUCUGGCUGGAUCCGCUGCACGACCUGGUGCUGCAGGUGCAGCCGGGGGACCGCUGCUCGGUGACCGUGCUAGACAACGAUGCGCUGGCCCAGAGGCCUGGCCGCCUGAAUCCCAAGCGCUUCCCGUGCGACUUCGGCCGGGGAGAGGUACGCUACUCGCACCUGGGCGCGCGCAGCCCAUCGCGGGAUCGCAUUCGGCUGCAGCUGCGCUACGACGCGCCGGGAGGGGCAGCAGUGCUACCCUUGGUGCUGGAGGUGGAGGUGGUCUUCACCCAGCUAGAGGUUGUGACUCGGAACUUGCCCCUCGUCGUGGAAGAGCUGCUGGGGACCAGUAAUGCCCUGGACGCGCGGAGCCUGGAGUUUGCCUACCAGCCCGAGACCGAAGAAUGUCGCGUGGGCAUCCUGUCGGGCCUGAGCUCGCUGCCUCGCUACGGGGAGCUCCUUCACUACCCGCAAGUUCCAGGUGGAGCCAGCGAGGGGGGCGCCCAGGAUCCUCUCCUGAUGGACUGCAAAGCUUUCCAGGAACUAGGCGUGCGCUACCGCCACACGGCCCCCAGUCGGUCCCCAAACAGGGACUGGGUGCCCAUGGUGGUGGAGCUGCGGUCUCGUGGUUCCCCUGUGAGCAGGCCUGCUCUGAAACGUGAGCACUUCCAGGUACUGGUGAGAAUCCGAGGAGGGGCCGAGAACACCGCCCCCAAGCCCAGUUUUGUGGCCAUGAUGAUGAUGGAGGUGGAUCAGUUUGUACUCACUGCCCUGACCCCAGACAUGCUGGCCGCUGAGGAUGCUGAGUCUCCCCCUGACCUGUUGAUCUUCAACCUCACCUCUCCCUUCCAGCCUGGCCAGGGCUACCUAGUUAGUACUGAUGAUCGCAGCCUGCCCCUCUCAUCUUUCACUCAGAAGGACCUGCGGUUCUUGAAGAUUGCCUACCAGCCCCCCUCUGAGGACUCUGACCAGGAGCGGCUAUUUGAACUGGAGCUGGAGGUAGUGGACCCGGAAGGAGCUGCCUCAGACCCUUUUGCUUUUAUGGUAGUGGUGAAGCCCAUGAACACACUGGCUCCCGUGGUCACCCGAAACACCGGUCUCAUUCUCUAUGAGGGCCAGUCCCGACCCCUUACAGGCCCUGCGGGCAGUGGGCCACAAAACUUGGUCAUUAGCGAUGAGGAUGACCUGGAGGCAGUGCAGCUGGAGGUGGUGGCUGGGCUCCGGCAUGGUCACCUUGUCCUUCUGGGUGCCACCCAUGGCAGCUCCGCCCCUAAGACCUUUACGGUGGCUGAGCUAGCGGCUGGCCAGGUGGUCUACCAUCACGAUGACAAAGAUGGCUCACUGAGUGACAACCUUGUCCUUCGAAUGGUGGAUGGAGGACAAAGGCACCAGGUGCAGUUCCUGUUCCCCAUCACCUUAGUGCCUGUGGAUGACCAGCCACCAGUCCUCAAUGCUAACACAGGGCUGACACUGGCAGAAGGUGAGACAGUGCCCAUCCUGCCCCUUGCUCUAAGUGCAACUGACAUUGACUCAGAUGACUCUCAGCUGCUUUUUGUGCUGGAGUUGCCCUCCUCGACUGCAGGGCAUCUGCUUCUCCGCCAAACACAUCCUCCCCGUGAGGAGGAGGAGCUGAGCAGGGGCCCUUGGAGGAGACAGGGAGCAUUCUAUGAGCAAACAGUGACAGAGUGGCGGCAGCAGGACAUAAGCGAGGGGCGGCUGUUCUACAGGCAUUCGGGGCCCCACAGUCCCGGGCCAGUGAUGGACCAGUUCACAUUUCGGGUCCAGGAUAACCAUGAUCCUCCUAAUCAGUCUGGACCACACAGAUUUGUGAUACGCAUUCAUCCUGUGGAUCGCCUCCCUCCAGAGCUGGGUAGCGGCUGUCCCCUUCGGAUGGUGGUGCAGGAAUCCCAGCUCACCCCUCUGAGGAAGAAGUGGCUGCGCUACACUGACCUGGACACAGAUGACCGAGACCUGCGUUACACAGUGACCCAGCCUCCCAUGGACACAGACGAAAACCACUCGCCCUCCCCACUGGGCACCUUGGUCCUGACCGACAACCCCUCAGUUGUGGUGAACCAUUUUACCCAAGCCCAGAUCAACCACCAUAAAAUUGCUUACAGACCUCCAGAGCAAGAACUGGGAGUGGCUGCCCGAGUGGCCCAGUUCCAGUUCCAGGUGGAAGAUCAAGCUGGGAAUGUGGCUCCAGGCACCUUCACGCUUUACUUGCAGCCAGUAGACAACCAGCCACCUGAGAUCCUCAACACGGGUUUCACUAUUCAGGAGAAGGGCCACCACGUCUUGAGUGAGACUGAGUUGCGUGUGAAUGAUGUAGACACUGAUGUCGCCCACAUCUCUUUCACUCUCACGCAGGCGCCCAAACAUGGCCACAUGAGAGUGUCUGGACAGAUACUGCAUGUCGGGGAGGUCUUCCACUUAGAAGACAUAAAACAGGGUCGGAUUUCCUAUGCCCAUAAUGGCGAUGAGUCUCUCACUGAUAGCUGCUCCUUGGAGGUCAGUGACAGACACCACGUGGUGCCCAUCACUCUCAGGGUGAACAUCCGGCCGGCGGAUGAUGAGGGGCCCAUGCUGAGCCUUCCUGCUGGCACUUUGGGGUCUUACCUAGAUGUUCUUGAAAAUGGAGCUACUGAAAUCACUGCUGGUGUUAUCAAGGGAACUGACGAGGACACUGAUGAUGUGAUGUUGACUUUUGUCUUGGAAGAUCCACCUUUAUAUGGAGAAAUCCUGGUCAACGGAGUUCCAGUAGAGCAGUUUACCCAAAAGGACAUCUUGGAAGGCUCUGUCAUCUAUGCCCACACUAGCGGUGAGAUAGGCCUGUUGCCCAGAGGAGACUCUUUUAACCUGAGUCUGUCAGAUGUGUCUCAAGAAUGGGUAAUAGGUAGCAAUACUAUCCAAGGAGUUACCGUGUGGGUGACCAUCCUCCCAGUUGAUAACCAGGCUCCAGAAAUUUCUGUAGGUGAACAGUUUAUAGUCAUGGAAGGUGAUAAAAGUGUUAUAACCUCAACACAUAUAAGUGCUCAAGAUAUUGAUUCACUAACUGAUGACCUCUUGUGCACUAUAGUUAUCCAGCCUACCUCCGGUUAUGUUGAAAAUAUUUCUCCAGCCCCGGGCUCUGAGAAAUCAAGAGCAGGAAUUGCCAUAAGUGCCUUUACCCUGAAAGACCUCAGGCAGAGUCAUAUUAACUAUGUCCAGAGUGUCCAUAAAGGGGUCGAACCUGUGGAAGACCGAUUUAUAUUUCGUUGUUCUGAUGGCAUUAACUUUUCAGAGAGACAUUUUUUCCCCAUUGUCAUCAUUCCCACAAAUGAUGAACAGCCAGAAAUAUUUAUGAGAGAAUUUAUGGUGAUGGAGGGCAUGAGUCUGGUGAUUGAUACGCCCAUCCUCAAUGCCGCUGAUGCUGACAUGCCCCCAGAUGAUCUAACUUUCACUAUUACCCGAUUUCCUACUCGAGGUCACAUCAUGAACCAGCUGAUAAAUGGCACAGUUUUGGUUGAAAGCUUCACCUUGGAUCAGAUCAUAGAGAGUUCAAGCAUUAUUUAUGAGCAUGAUGACUCCGAGACCCAGGAAGACAGUUUUGUGAUUAGACUAACAGAUGGUAAGCACUCAGUGGAAAGGAUGGUCCUCAUUAUAGUUAUCCCAGUUGAUGAUGAGACCCCCAGAAUGAUGAUCAAUAACGGACUAGAAAUAGAAAUUGGGGAAACCAAAAUUAUCAACAACAAAAUAUUAAUGGCAACAGAUUUGGACUCUGAAGACAAAUCUUUGGUUUAUAUUAUUCGUUAUGGGCCAGGACAUGGCUUAUUACAGAGACGAAAACCUACAGGUGCCUUUGAAAAUAUCACACUAGGCAUGAAUUUUACCCAGGAUGAAGUGGACAGAAACUUAAUUCAGUAUGUCCAUUUUGGACAAGAGGGCAUUCGGGACCUAAUUAAAUUUGAUGUGACUGAUGGAAUAAAUGCCCUCAUAGAUCGCUACUUUUAUGUUUCCAUUGGGAGCAUUGACAUUGUCUUCCCGGAUGUGAUAAGCAAAGGAGUAUCCUUGAAAGAAGGUGGCAAAGUCACCCUCACAACAGAUCUACUAAGCACCAGUGACUUGAACAGUCCCGAUGAAAACUUAGUCUUCACCAUCACUAGGGCUCCCAUGAGAGGUCACUUAGAGUGCACAGAUCAACUUGGAACAUCCAUCACAUCUUUCACUCAGCUCCAACUAGCCGGCAACAAAAUCUACUACAUCCACACAGCUGAUGACGAAGUCAAGAUGGACAGCUUUGAGUUUCAGGUCACCGACGGCCGGAACCCUGUCUUCCGGACGUUCCGUAUCUCCAUUAGUGAUGUGGAUAACAAAAAGCCGGUGGUCACCAUCCAUAACCUGGUUGUCAGUGAAGGUGAAAACAAGCUGAUCACUCCCUUUGAACUCUCUGUCGAAGACAGAGAUACUCCUGACAAGCUCCUGAAGUUCAUUGUCACCCAGGUGCCUGUUCACGGUCAACUUCUGUUCAACAACACCAGACCCACCAUGGUUUUUACCAAGCAAGACCUGAAUGAAAACUUAAUCAGCUACAGACAUGAUGGCACUGAGUCGAAUGAAGACAGCUUCUCCUUCACGGUGACUGAUGGUUCCCAUACAGAGUUCUAUGUUUUCCCUGAUACAACAUUUGAAACAAGGAGACCCCAAGUGAUGAAAAUCCAGGUCUUAGCUGUUGACGAUAGUGUCCCCCAAAUUACCGUGAACAAGGGGGCCUCCACACUUCGCACUCUGCCUACUGGUCACUUGGGGUUCAUGAUCACAAGCAAAAUAUUGAAAGCAGAGGACAGAGACAGCCUACAUUUUUCUCUCAGGUUUAUUGUGACAGAGGCCCCUCGACAUGGCUAUCUCCUCAACCUGGACAGAGGCAACCACAGCGUGACUCAGUUUACACAAGCUGACAUUGAUGACAUGAAAAUAUGCUACGUUUUAAAAGACGGGGCCAAUGCCACAAGUGAUAUGUUCCAUUUUACAGUUGAAGAUGGUGGUGGAAACAAAUUAACCAAGCAGCAUUUUCGUCUGAAUUGGGCAUGGAUCUCCUUUGAAAAGGAAUAUUACUUGAUCAAUGAGGACUCCAAAUUUCUAGAUGUCGUUCUUAAACGUAGAGGUUACUUGGGAGAGACUUCAUUUAUAAGUAUUGGCACAAGAGACGGGACUGCAGAAAAAGACAAAGACUUCAAGGGCAAAGCGCAGAAACAAGUGCAGUUCAACCCAGGGCAGAUCAGGGCCACCUGGAGAGUUCGGAUCAUGAGCGAUGGGGAGCAUGAGCAUUCGGAGACUUUCCAGAUCGUUCUGUCAGAGCCGGUGCUGGCUGCUCUGGAAUUCCCCUCAGUGAUCACGGUGGAGAUCGUUGACCCAGGAGAUGAGUCAACUGUAUAUAUUCCCCAGUCCGAAUACUCUGUUGAAGAAGAUGUCGGUGAGCUGUUCAUUCCCAUCCGGAGAAGUGGAGACGUGAGCCAGGAGCUGAUGGUGGUCUGUUACACACAACAAGGCACGGCAGGUGGAACUGUGCCCACAUCAGUGCUGUCCUAUUCCGAUUACAUAUCCAGGCCGGAGGACCACACCAGUGUUAUCCGCUUUGACAGAGAUGAGCGCGAGAAAAUGUGUCGCAUCAUUGUUAUUGACGACUCCUUGUAUGAAGAAGAGGAAACAUUCCAUGUCCUUCUGAGCAUGCCCAUGGGUGGGAGGAUUGGAUCGGAGUUCCCAGCAGCUCAGAUUAAGAUCAUCCCUGACAAAGACGAUGAACCUGUCUUCUACUUCGGCGACAUCGAGUACCCUGUGGAUGAGAGCGCUGGCUACGUGGAGGUGCGAGUGUGGAGAACAGGCACGGACCUAUCCAGGUCUUCCAGUGUCACCGUGAGAUCCCGGAAAACGGAUCCUCCCUCUGCUGACGCUGGAACGGACUACGUGGGAAUCAGUCGGAAUUUAGAUUUCACACCUGGAGUCAACAUGCAGACUGUUCGUGUUAUCAUCCUGGAUGACAUUGGGCAGCCGGUGCUGGAGGGAAUUGAGAAAUUUGAACUGGUGCUUCGUAUGCCUAUGAAUGCUGCCCUCGGCGAGCCCAGCAAAGCCACAGUGUCCAUAAAUGAUUCUGUCUCAGAUUUGCCUAAGAUGCAGUUCAAAGAACGAGUAUAUACUGGCAACGAAAAUGACGGACAGAUUGUUGCAGUGAUCCACAGGAGUGGAGACCUUCACUACGAGUCUUCCGUGAGAUGCUACACACGGCAGGGCUCUGCGCAGGUGAUGACAGACUUUGAGGAACGUCCAAACACAGAUAGCUCCAUCAUCACGUUUCUCCCUGGUGAGACUGAAAAGCCUUGUGUCCUUGAACUGAUGGAUGACAAACUCUAUGAGGAGGUCGAGGAGCUCCGCCUGGUUCUUGGCACUCCACAAAGCAACUCCCCCUUUGGGGCUGCAGUUGGGGAACAAAAUGAAACUUUGAUAAGAAUCCAAGAUGACGCCGAUAAGACUGUGAUUAAAUUUGGAGAAACCAAAUUUAGCGUCAGUGAACCCAAAGAACUGGGACAGUCGGUGGUUGUAAAAAUUCCAGUGAUUCGCCAAGGAGAUACUUCAAAGGUUUCCAUUGUGAGAGUCCACACCAAGGAUGGCUCCGCUACCUCUGGAGAAGAUUAUCACCCUGUGUCAGAAGAAAUUGAGUUUAAGAAGGGAGAAACCCAGCAUAUUGUUAACAUUGAAGUAAUCUUCGAUGGCAUCAGAGAGAUGAGAGAGGCCUUCACCGUUCACCUAAAACCUGAUGAGAACAUGGUAGCAGAGACACAGGUGACCAAAGCCAUUGUGUAUAUAGAAGAAAUGAACAGCAUGGCAGAUGUCACUUUUCCUUCUGUCCCUCAGAUUGUGUCAUUACUGAUGUAUGAUGACACUUCCAGAGCUAAAGAUAGUGCUGGACCCGUGUCUGGCUAUCCUGUCAUCUGUAUCACAGCUUGCAACCCUAAAUACUCAGACUAUGACAAAACGGGCUCUAUUUGCGCAAGUGAGAACAUCAACGAUACCUUGACCCGCUAUCGAUGGCUAACCAGCGCACCCGCUGGCCCUGAUGGCGUCACCAGCCCCAUGAGAGAAGUGGACUUUGACACCUUUUUUACGUCAUCCAAGAUGAUCACCUUAGACUCCAUAUACUUCCAGCCUGGCUCCAGGGUGCAGUGCGCGGCCCGUGCUGUGAAUGCCGACGGCAAUGAGGGCCUGGAGCUGAUGAGCCCUAUUGUCACCAUUGGCAGAGAAGAAGGUCUGUGUCAGCCCCGGGUGCCAGGGACGGUGGGAGCAGAGCCAUUCUCUGCUAAGCUGCGCUAUACGGGCCCCGAGGACCCAGACUACACAAACCUCAUCAAGCUCACGGUCACGAUGCCACACAUAGAUGGCAUGCUCCCUGUGAUCUCUACUAAAGAGCUGUCCAACUUUGAGCUCACCCUCAGUCCUGAUGGCUCAAGAGUUGGAAACCACCAGUGCUCCAACCUUCUGGAUUAUACCGAAGUGAAGACUCACCAUGGUUUCUUAACUGAUGCUACAAAAAAUCCAGAAGUAAUUGGAGAGACGCAUCCUUACCAGUACAGCUCAUCUAUCAGAGGCUCUAGUACCUUACGCUUCUAUCGAAACCUGAAUCUGGAGGCCUGUUUGUGGGAGUUUGUUAGCUACUAUGACAUGUCAGAACUUCUCACUGACUGUGGGGGCACCAUCGGGACAGACGGACAGGUCCUAAAUCUAGUGCAGUCCUAUGUGACCCUUCGAGUGCCUCUGUAUGUUUCCUAUGUGUUCCAUUCCCCAGUUGGGGUAGGAGGCUGGCAGCAUUUUGACUUGAAGUCAGAGCUCCGCCUAACUUUUGUGUAUGACACUGCCAUCUUGUGGAAUGAUGGAAUUGGCAGCCCACCAGAAGCCGAACUCCAAGGUUCUCUCUACCCCACGAGCAUGCGCAUCGGUGAAGAGGGGCGCUUGGUGGUGAACUUUAAGACAGAGGCUCAGUUCCAUGGUCUGUUCGUGCUGUCCCAUCCCGCAUCCUUCACUAGCUCAAUGAUCAUGUCAGCUGAUCAUCCAGGCCUGACCUUCUCCCUGCGCCUCAUCAGGAGUGAACCGACCUAUAACCAGCCCGUGCAGCAGUGGAGCUUUAUGUCUGACUUUGCGGUACGUGACUAUUCAGGGACUUACACAGUGAAACUGCUGCCUUGCACCACUCCAUCGCAUCAAGAGUACCGCCUGCCAGUCACCUGCAACCCCCUAGAGCCUGUCACCUUUGACCUUGACAUUCGGUUCCAACAGGUCAGCGAUCCAGUGGCAGCUGAGUUCAGCUUGAACACCCAGAUGUACCUCCUCUCCAAGAAGAGCCUCUGGCUGUCUGAUGGAUCCAUGGGAUUUGGGCAAGAGAGUGAUGUUGCCUUCGCAGAAGGGGACAUCAUUUACGGGCGUGUCAUGGUAGAUCCUGUCCAGAAUCUGGGUGACUCCUUUUACUGCAGCAUUGAGAAGGUGUUUCUGUGCACUGGAGCUGACGGCUAUGUUCCCAAAUACAGUCCCACGAAUGCAGAAUACGGCUGCUUAGCGGACUCUCCUUCACUCUUAUAUAGAUUUAAAAUUGUGGACAAAGCUCAGCCAGAGACGCAAGCCACCAGUUUUGGAAAUGUCCUGUUUAAUGCCAAGCUAGCAGCCGAUGACCCUGAAGCUAUUCUCUUAGUGAAUCAGCCUGGAUCCGAUGGCUUUAAAGUUGACUCAACACCACUCUUUCAGGUUGCCCUGGGUCGGGAAUGGUACAUACACACGAUCUACACUGUAAGAUCAAAAGACAACGCCAAUCGAGGCAUCGGCAAAAGAAGUACCGAGUACCAGCACCACUCCAUAGUGGGUCCAGGGAAGCCAGAGGCCACGAGCCAGAGCCGGAAGAAGAGGGAGAUCAGGAGCCCACCCCCGCUGGCGUGGGACAUAGGUGCUGACAACAACCGGGGAACCAACAUCCAGCACAUCGCCCUGGACCACACCAGCAGGAAGCAGGUCCCCCAGGGGCGAGUUCCUUCUGAUGGCGUCCUCCCUCGUGAGCUCAACCGGCCCAGCUCUGAUGUCAGCCUGGUCACAGUCGUUGGCAGCGUCGCGGUGGGGUUCCUCACCCUCUGCCUCGCUGCCAUCACAGUGAUGAUGUGCAGAAGGAGGAAGGGCGCCAGGAGGAAGGGCGCCCUGAAAGGCUCAGGCAGUAGCAAGCCCAUGAUGGCCCCGCAGAACCACCAGGGAGACAGCUCAGAAGUUUGAAGAGCAUCGCUGGAUUCAGCCUUGGCCUCCAGUGCCUUAGAAAGACAGUGGAAACCCAAAUGCUUCUGUCAGUGCCAGGGAAUUGGGGACUUCUUUUAUGAAGCUUCUCAGAGGACCUGACUGUACUAAUGAAAUUGGAUAUGAAUUCUGUCUACUUUUUCAUGCAUCAGAGAACAAAUGCAGACCACAAACCAUGCCUUUCCUCUGACUCCAGAGUCAGCAACAAUGUAUUGGUGGGUAUACAUAGCCAUCCAUGGACUGCCAGGAAUGGACUUCUCAUUUUAGGCAUUUUUCUCUAAACAGUGGAGACAAAUCUAUUCCAAGGUGCUGCAGACUCUCUCAGAAGUUGAAGAGGAGUCUCCUGUUGCUAUAUGAGCAUGAAUCUUGAAGGUGCAAUUAUCACAUUGUUUAUUCAUUGUAUAACAGUUUAUUCCUAGAAAGGCUUUCAUGGAUAGUCUGCACAAAUGAUAAAUACACUGUUUACAAUGACAAGUUUUCGAAUAGGUGGAGACAGCAUGGAAUUAUGACCAGGGGUGGCUCAACCCGUCAUUCACCUUUCCUACUACAUGGGAGGGAACGGAAGGAAAUAUAGAGGGAAGGAAGUCACUAGGUUGGAUUUGAAUUGUUUUUCAUCCUCAUCAGAGCCUCCCUGUUUUACUUGCUUAUUUAACUUUAAAUUAAACCAAAGAAUAUGUUAAGUCUGGAAGAGAUUGUCGAAGACUUUCCUGUUAUAUAGUGAGAAAUAGUCGAAUUCUUGCAUGAUAGUAUAUCUCAUGGGUGCUCAACAUUUGUGGGAAAUGAGAGGGUUGGUGGCGUUUUGAUGAUGAAGAAGAAAUGCUAUAGAGUUAGAUUCACAUUUAUAAGACAAUGUUCUUUAAGAACUGAGCCUAGAUGUUUGCAGUAUUGAACCCAAAAUUAUGAGAAGUAUCAUUACAGGUGCUGGAAGGAGAAAGUGGUAUUUAUUAAUAUAAUGUGUUUAACCAAAGUGCCUCUUCUACAUCACGGAAAUAAAGAACAUUCUGACAGAUGAUAUAUGAGGUUAACCCUCAGAGGAGCAUAAUCACACAACAAUGUCCAGAACUUAAAUUGGCCAUAGGACAUUUCAUUAACCUUCUAAUCAGCCUCUGGGCCAAAAAUGGGGACCUCUGCCCCUGUCAUUCCAGAGAUGGCCUUGGAGGCACAACCUUCUUUGAUCCAGGAGGAGAGCAGCAUUCUUUGUCAUAUCCAGUUCAGUGAGCUGACACAGCGAGGUCCCUCUCAGUAUCUGAAAACAUACCAUGUGGCACUGCUCACAGUGUUAAAAACCAGGAAACUUAAGUGAGUUGCUUGGCAAGGUUCCCAUCACCCUUCUGAAAAAAUAGACUCUCACCAAAUGUCAGAAAUUUCCGUUGGAAAGGGAAGGAGUAGUAGUCCAGUGACCAAUCUCCCAAAAGCUAGUGAACGUAUUUCAAGCAAAAACAGGGUCAGGAGAAAAAGAACUGUACUUAAGGACUAACUAACCCUCAUGUGUUACCUGGAAUCUUUUCACUUUUGUCCAUAGUCUGGCCACACUGGACAUCCUAGCGGAAUGGACCUCAUCUGGUGUCCGUGGGCACCAGCCAUCUCUUUAUUAAAAAAGGAAUCUACGUUGGUGCUGAGAGAGAGGUGAAAAGCGUCUAAUGCUCGCCUCUCUCCUCUUGGGCAGCUCUGCAUUUCACACUCAAAGUCUUUCAAAGAAUAUGGUAGACUGGAGUCUCCUUCCAUUGGGGAAUUUAUGGAUAUCACCCCAAUAACUCAAGGGCCCCCCAAAGGACUUAUAUUAAGUACCGUAUAGCCCGGGAGUUCAUUUGUCAAGCAAACAUGAAUGCUUUCAACAUUAUCCCCUUUUCUUCUGCUUUGCCUUCUGGCAGAUGCUUUGCUACUUCUUUAGCUACCUCGUAACUUGUCUAGGAAUGAGCAUGAGUUAAGCCGCUUCAGUGAGCGUGUGGACUUUUCAUGACUUAGCACUGGGUUCAAUUCAGUUAGACUGUGGGAACAAGUACUUGCCGUUGCUUUAUGUUCCUUCAGUGGUUUAGAUGCCUCAGAGCCUGACUCUUGCACAGUCUUGAGCAUCUCUGUCACUGAAUAUAGUAACAUAGUAAUAUAGUAAUAUAGUGAAGCCUCAUUACGACAAGCCUGUUUGGAGCCUUUGGGCCACACUGGUUUUUAUAUCAAAUUUCACUCUGCGAUGUGUUUUACUAAUGAGACUGCCAUAUAUGAAUUGGAGGGCUUAUAAAACACAGAACAUGUCUAUCCUUUCCUAACAAAGAUAAGUUUCUUCCUCUCUGCCCAUUCCCUCUCUCUCUUUCUCCCUUUCUCUCCUCUAACUUUCCCUUGAAAAUAGAGUCUGUGGGGAAAAGGCAGAUAUAGCUUUCUUAAGUGUAGAGUGCUUGGAUUUCAGCAUUAUCUUCCUUUUAUCUGUUUACUUAAUGUGUGAUUUUAUAUACAUUAAUCUUAAGAAACUCUUUUUAGUGGAAAAAAAAGAUCAGCGAAAAUGUUUUAUUAUUCAAUAAAACAGACCCUUUCCCCCAAUAUUUUGUUUUUAGACAAUUAUGCUGGUAUUAUCAGCACAAUUUCAUAAAAUAACUUCCCAUAGACAAUAGGAUAUAAGCUUUAAUAACUCCUUAGAUACCCAGUAGCUUCUGACCCUAAUUAAAACUAUAUAAUUGAAAUUGUAUCACACAGUAAAACCCAAAGCACAAAAAUAUAUACGAAGCCUUAGCGGCUCUCCCUGCAUAUGAACCACAAAGCAUUACAAUACAUAAUUAUGGUUUUAAUGAUGGUUUUAUUUAUCCCACUUCAUUCCCUCUCUUAACAUUUACUAAAUGCUCACCUAGGACUCACCACUUUGAGAGAUUACACAGAAACCAAGAUGCCCUCCCUGGUCUCCAGCAGGUUCUAACCAAAUGUGGCUCCUCCUUUAGACCAGAGGGAUCAGCAUUUGCAUUGGGUUCUGCCCUGGACCAAGAACAAGCCAGGCGUGUCUGUGAACCACAACUUAAAACUCUCCAGAGCACUGACAGUGGAGUCCACUCUCUUUCCUCUAAAAGAAUCCCACAUUAUGGGUCAUUGUGAUCACAGAUCUAAGGUAAAAUAUUUCAGAUCAAUAAUUUAAUGGAAUUGCCCUUUACAAAUCUACACAGAAAGGGCACAUUGCAGGGAUGUGGGUAGUCUGGCUUAUUCUUUUCCUCUUAAUGGAAGACAGGCCCACUUUAUUCCAAAGAUGGGAUAUAGCACAUAAACUCUUGUUCUCAUCCAUUAAUGCCCCAACACCUCUUGAAGUGCACCCUCCCACAAGCAUCCACAGCAUUUGAACAGUAUAAAUGGCGGUCAACUAGAAUUCCUCCGCCAUUCUACUGCACAGCAUUGGUGACAUGAAGGACCAAGUACAAAAGAUGUAUUUCUAUCAGCGGCCAACAACUUCUUUAUCAGGUCAUCACACCUCUUAGUCUUUUCCAGGUUACCAGCUCCAAGGUCAACUUUAACAAUAGAAAUGGAUCUGCAGAAAAUCAUAGAGCCUCUCAUAUAAAUCCGCACUAAAGGGUAAAAUAGUCCUAGCUUGAGAAACAAUAAAGAAGCAAUAACAGGAAAAUGUAAUGACAUUUAAAUUUUUAAGGUUGGAAAUUUGAUUACUGCUGCUAUUUUGAAAAUACCUAUUUAGUUUUGAUUUAGAAACCAGUUUAGUCCUUUAAAAGAAAAAGAAAAAAUAAUCUCUAAAGAUGCAAAUAUUUUACAAAUUCGAAGUUUACAUAGUUGUAUUCAUUUAAAAGCAAGGGAGCGCUGAUUCUUUGAAACUCUUUCAUUUCUUCUAGCCAGGAGAGCAAUAACAAAAGGGAGAAGACAGGUGUCUUUACUAACUGCAGGGCAAAUGGUGAAUAGAGCUUAGGUGUUCAAUCAGUCCUAAGGCCAUGGCUUAGAAAUGUGUAAUUUGGCACAGCAGUAGAAGUACGACUAGUAUCUGACAAGCACAUACAGACACAUUUACGUAUACAAACAACCAAAGAUCUCAUAUCUAGAAAAUGACGAUCCUAAAUAUAGUUUUAACUGAAAUGGUCCAUAUGGAGAUUUUCAGAAAGGUCAACAGAAUGGUCAUUUGUGUUAACAUACUAUUGUGAGAUUUUCUUGGACAUUAGUUUCAAGGUUACUAUGUUUCCUUAAGAUUUUUCUUCGACUUGAUUCCAGUGUUCCAUGGUUAAUGACAAGAAUUUUCAGAAAAUACCAUCCAUAGGUUCAAAGUUUCCCUCACUGUCUAUUUCUCCUUUAGUGUUAAAAAUGGAAGAUCAAGAUUUGGGUAGUUAUUUUGCUUUUAAUAAGAGAUUCUAAAAUAGAAGUGUGCAGCAUUUUCCUACAGUUUUCACCAGGAGGAUUAUACAGAAACUUCUUAGAUAAAAGAAAGCUGGUUCUCUCUUGAACUAAAGUUGAUACAACAAACUACACUAAUGUGAGCCUCUCUCAAAUUUAAUUAUACCGGGAAAACCAAUCAGAAUAUUGAGUUGGCGGCCUUUAAAGAGUUUUACCCUCUUCCCUCUCUUUCAAGUACAUUUGUUAGCUUUUGCUGGUAUCUCUGUGUAUUUUUUUUUUUUUCAGUAUUGUGUUUUAGUUAAGAGCAACAACCAGAAGAAGAAACCACAAUGCUGCUGCAGCAAUGACAUCUCCUUUCCUUCCUUCCCUCCUCUCCCUUCCUUUCUUCCUUCCUGGCUUCCUUUCUGGCACAGACCAUCCUCUGAUAUUUGUCUAUCAUUCCUCCAGUAACGCUUCCCUUUUAGUUUGGAAACCAUUGCCAUUUUCACUACAAAAUUAACAUUCUCUUUCAUCUGAAAGCUAGUAAGUGAGCCCAGCAUUUGUGCAGUGUCCCUUCUUUAUAAAAUGUUAAGGCUUUUGGCUGAUGGAAAGAACUCCCUUCAAAAGAUCAAAAGCAUCAUUCUGAAUAAUGUAAUGACAAUCUGUGCUUUGAUUUUUCUCUCAGUGAAGGUUCAACACUGACAUUUAAGACACACACACAAAAAUCCCUUUAAGGGUUUAAUUGAGCAAAAGUAAAAGGCCAGAGAUCACAUAUAUGAAGUUGUUUUGCAUGAUUGAAUACUUUGCAAUGAAAUAAAUGGCAAAACAAAAAAACUGUUAAAAUGUUAACAGCUUUGAAGUGUUUCAAAUUGUAAUUAUUAAAUGUACAAUGUUCCUUUCACUAUUAGCCAGAUGUUGCCUACUCAGAUUGCAUGAUUCCUUGAAUACUCUAAGUGAAUCACUACUACAGAUAUUUAUUUUUCCAAUGUUUGGAUCUUCCCUUCACAUAAGAAUUGUCAGUAUUGUGCCUUAGAAAAUAAGAAAGAAAAGAGAGAAAUGCAAGUUUUUAAGAACUAACAUUAAUAAUAAAGAGCAUUGUAAUACAAACCACUUAAAAUAUAGAAAAGCAAUUACUGGUAAGAAUAAAAGAUAAUUUCUGUAAGGGCCCAAAUUAAGCACAUUACAAAAAGAAGUACAAAGCUGAGUCUCUUUCUGUGGUUUCAGGAAUUCAAGUUUUUGGCAAGGUAUUUUUAAAGCCCAUUUGUCUCUGAAAGAAAACUUCAGCCUGGACAAGGAGUUGUGUGUUUGAUAAUUGUAUUAAGUGCCUACUUCCUUCCCCCAAAGUCCUCCAAAAACUCAGUAAAUUUAUAUUUAUGUAGCCACUGAGUGACAUAUCUGUGUGUAAUGGAAUUAUUUGCAAAGCUUACUGGCCUUUGUGAUUUUCCCAUGGGAAUUCUUCAAAAACAAGCAGGGUCUAGUUUUUGUUGUUAUUGUUUAUUUACUGGGGUACUUCAUGUUUGCUGGAUAUUGAAGCUUAUCCCUGGGAAACCAACUAUGCCAAUAAUUUGGAACCAUUCAGUCUUCUAUCCACGUCUAAAAUAAUUCCUGCUGCCACUUGUGUUGCAUAACUACCACUGUUUUCCUUCAAAAUAUAUCACAUGUUUAAUAUAAAUAAAGCCCAUAUAAAUAUAAA